CUCAAUAUUCAAGAGUUUUAGCACGAUAUCUUCUCUUUUCAAGAUUCCUCUGUUUUUUAAUCUUUCAUUACAGAACAUCCUUCUUCUGUCUCAUUUCGAAUGAGUAAUGUUUGAAUCGCAAGAAAUGAAGACAAUUCUUCGAUCAGUCAGCUUUAAUAAUGACAAUGAAUCGGAUUCAACCAUCACCGAACCACCAGAAACUAGAAAGACGCUCUACAAUAGAUCUCUCAGCAUGAAAGGGACAGAAAGACCUAGCCUUUCUUCGGAAGACGUGGAGAACAAUCUUUCUUUAAAGCCUCUAACUUUUAUGAAAGAAGAUGAUAAAUAUAAGAUACGGCAAUGGAAACCUUUAUCCGUAAACGAUCACGUAAACGAGUUUCUAGCGUUAAUAAGUGACAGUAGAUACCAAGCUGCGUUAAAGCUGCAGAAGGUUUAUAGAAGCUUUCGAACCAGGAGGAGGCUAGCUGAUUGUGCUGUGGUGGUUGAGCAAAGAUGGUGGAAGGUACUUGAUUUUGCUGAGCUUAAAAGAAGUUCUAUAUCGUUUUUCGAAAUUGAGAAGCAAGAGACUGCAGUUUCACGCUGGUCUAGAGCAAGAACAAGAGCUGCUAAGGUGGGUAAAGGCUUGUCAAAAGAUGAGAAAGCUAGGAAGUUGGCUUUGCAGCACUGGCUUGAGGCAAUCGAUCCUCGACAUCGCUAUGGCCACAAUCUGCAAUUCUAUUACCAUGCUUGGCUCCAUUGUGACAGUUACCAACCCUUUUUCUAUUGGCUUGACAUAGGAGAAGGAAAAGAGUUGAACCAUGAAAGAUGUCCAAGAACAAAACUAUACCAACAAAGCAUCAAGUAUCUUGGUCCGACUGAAAGAGAAGAGUAUGAAGUGGUGAUUGAGGAUAGUAAACUAAUCUAUAAACAAAGUGGGAUAGUUCUGGACACAAAAGAAGGUCCUCCAGAUACAAAGUGGAUCUUUGUCCUAAGCGUGUCUAAGAUCAUGUAUGUUGGAAUGAAGAAAAAGGGCAACUUUCAACAUUCUAGUUUUCUUGCUGGAGGGGCUACCUUAUCUGCUGGUAGGAUUGUGGUUGAUGAUGGUGUUCUUAAGGCAGUUUGGCCUCACAGUGGACAUUAUCUACCAACAGAAGAGAAUUUCUUGGCCUUCAUGUCUUUUCUUAGGGAGAACAAUGUUGACCUCACUGAUGUAAAGAAGAGUCCAGAUGAAGAUGAUGGAGAACAUCAUUUCAAGGUCAAGAGAAUGCCUUCAAAAAUCAAAGAGGUUGAAGAAGAACCGUGUGACUUUGUGGACGCUGAGACUGGUUUAAGUCCAAACGCUAAACCUAAAAACCAUCCAGAGCUACAUACAUUAACAAGGUUCCAUCCAAAAGACAAGGACAUGGCUGAGGAUGAUGAUGAAGAAGAGCCUGAAACGCCUUCAGAAGAAGGAUAUGAGACAGCAGAGGAGACAUUCAUUGCUGAGGAAGAGUUUGCAUAUCCAAAAUCUCAUCUCUUCGAUGAAGACAUUGAAGAAUAUGAGAAGCCUGUACCUAAGGAGAAGAUAAUGAAGAGGAUAGAUUCACACAAAGGACUCAAAUCUUAUCAGUUAGCUGAGAGGCUGCACUCGAGGUGGAGUACUGGUGCAGGUCCUAGGAUCAGUUGUAUGAGAGAUUACCCUUCAGAGCUUCAGUUUAGGGUUCUUGAACAAGCUCAGCUAUCUCCAAGAGCUUCAAGCUCUUCAAACCCAUCUCCUUUUGCUCCGGUUAGAUCAAGGGGGACAAGUCUUGGGAGAAGUCCUUUCUCUCAAGAACUUGAGAGGCUUUAGGUCUGUGUAUAAAGGAUAUGUACGAAGCAAAUUUACCUGUGAUGAAGUGGCCGGAUUGAGUAUUUUUUUUUGGUUAUGUAAGGUGCAGA